AUGAUCUCCACUACGCUAAGGUCUCCCUCACUACUUCUCAAAUCCUCCUCUAUCGCCCAGUUCUGCAAUUCUGCGGCCCGGAAAGAUUUUCAACGUUGUUUCGCUACCAAGUCCAACAGAGAUGUUCGUCCUGAUUUUGUUCCAUUAGUCGCCGAUGGCUUUGUUGAGGCAAUUGGAAACACUCCUUUGAUCAGGUUGAGCAACUUGUCCAAGGAGCUAGGCAGAAAUAUCUACGCGAAGGCAGAGUACAUGAAUCCUGGGGGUUCUGUUAAGGACAGAGCUGCCAAAUAUAUUGUUGAAGACGCUGAGAAAAAAGGGCUUAUCAAACCUGGAGGAACCGUCGUUGAAGGAACUGCAGGAAAUACUGGAAUUGGGUUGGCUCAUGUCUGUCGAUCAAGAGGUUACAAGUGUGUCAUAUACAUGCCUGAUACCCAGUCUCCUGCUAAGAUGGAUUUGCUAAGAUUGCUAGGUGCUGAAGUUAAUCCAGUUCCCGUAAAGCCCUUCUCGGACCCAAUGAAUUUUAACCACCAGGCUAAACGACAUGCUGAGUCCCUAACAAAUGCUGUAUGGACAGAUCAGUUCGACAACUUGGUCAACAGAGAAGCUCACAUCAAAUCAACCGGCCCCGAAAUUUGGGCUCAAUUGAAGGGUAAAGUCGAUGGUUUUACUUGUUCAACUGGAACUGGUGGCACGUUUGCUGGUGUUUCAAGAUACUUGAAGGAAAUCUCUCAAGGCAAAACAAAAAUCGUUGUUGCUGACCCCCCAGGUUCUUGUGUCUACGCCUAUGUCAAAUCGGGUGGUCAAUCGUUAGAUAAUUCUGGUUCUUCCUUUACUGAAGGUAUUGGGCAAGGAAGAAUCACCAAUAAUUUGGCCCAAGAUAUUGAAAUAAUUGAUGACGCUUUAAAAAUUCCCGAUUCAGAAUCAAUUGAAAUGUUAUAUAGGUUAUUGGAUAAUGAAGGUUUGUUUCUUGGUGGUACUUCCGGUCUAAAUGUCGUUGCUGCUUGCAAAUUAGCUUUAACAUUACCUGAAGGCUCUAACGUGGUUACCAUUUUAUGUGAUUCUGCUCAUAAAUAUUCUGAUAGAUUAUUCUCAAAAAAAUGGUUGCAAUCAAAAGAUUUGUUAAAUCAUAUCCCAAAAAGUUUAUCAAAGUAUAUCACUCUUGAAUAA